CGCGUUCAACUUAAUGCAAGGCGCGAACAUAUACACUUUUUACCAUUCAUUUGUUCUGCCAGAAUCGACUUCGGCUGUGCACGGUGUUGACUGUUGAGUGUUAGUAAAUUCCCGGCUGUCAACUGAAGCUGUGUUGAAUAGAAAUGAACUCAGAUAACGAAGAAUCAGUUGAAGGAGAGAAGAGGACAGAAAAUAAACGGAAAAGGCGUAGAAAGAAAGAGAAAGCAGCAGAUACUGUUGUGACAGCGGCACUUAAACAAUUAAAUGCCGAUGAAAUCGAAACGGUGACAGCGGACCGUGUCGAUGGCGUGGAGCAUAGUGUAACAACACAACCAGUUUUCAGAAGUUACCCAUCUGAUAUGGUUUAUGUUGAAAGAAAGAGCGGUUUUUUACCAGCCCCGAGAGAAAUAGUUUUAUCACGCUCAAGUAAAAUAAAAUUUAAAGAAAAAUUACAUGCGGAGAAUAAGUCAACAGUAGAAUUAGCUGUAAAAAUUCAAGAGGCAUUCCAUCCAUUUUACAAUUUAUGCCACGGAAUUUUAGGAGGAAUGUCACUUACACUAUGUUUGUUGGUUGUGAGCAUUGGAUGGACCAGAGUAGAGAUAGAAGAAUUUAUUAAUGUAUAUGACAACUUUUCAAGACCUGCACAAUCAAUGUUUUAUUUUCUUACUGUGGUUUGUGUUAUUUCGUCACUUGAUAGGUGUGAUGUUGCACAAAUGUGUGGGCUCCAUGCAAGGAAGUUGUGCCUUCAUCAUUUUCCAGACAUUUUGCUGCUGCUACUGUAUUUGUGCACUUUGGUAACAACUGUUGUCACCAGCUACUGGGAUGAACAACUUGCCUACCACCAUCAUAAUUCAACUGGCAUGUGGAAAGAUGAUGCUGACAUGAAGGCAAGUCUUUCCCUGUGGCGGAAUUUGCACUUUGGGAGGUGCAUUGGUGCAGUUAGUAGUUGGAUCAUUGUGUCACUCUACCCUGACCAUGGAUUACUUCACUCACGUUUAAUCAGCACCAUAAAACUGCAGUUCAGGCCUGCAGUUGAUAUUACGUCAUCUUAACAUCACCAUGUACAGAGUGUGGAGAUUGGAACACAGCAUGCCAACAGAGCAUGCAAGUGCAGCUUAUCGCCAUCUUUCAGACUUGAGAAGACUCAAAACUUUGUAGUGCAGUGACUACAGGCAAGUGGUGGUGAUAUGGACUUGGAGCAACAGUGUGGCAGGAUGUUGGCAUGGGUUCCUCCAGGAGAACUAAACAACAAAAAGACCAUAGGAUUGUUCAACUGCCUCUAACAAACAGGCAGACUACAGCAGCUGAAAUCAGGGCAGAGGUUACAGACAUUGUCACCAUAUUAUCUCAGGAACAGGUAACGGAAGCUGGGUUGAGGCCUUGAGAGUUGUCAUGUGUCAUUUACUACUGGCACCAUACUACUUAUAAGGUGCAGAACCAGAGUCGACUGGCAUGUUUAGGGGAAUUCUGUGCUUUAAUGACUCUUGCUUGUGUUUGUAGCAGUCAGAUUGAUGGGGAGUUACUGCAGAUGACCUGAUGAAAGACCACAGAAAGCAGCAUUUCUUGAGGCCCAAACCUCAACUCAUGGAAUAAUGGUGUGGGGAGAUAUUAAAUGUGACAGCAGAAUUUGAUUUAGUAAUUGUUAAAGUGAGACUGAAUGGUAAACCCUGUCAUCAUACCCUUCACGACUGGGAUACCAAGUGGCAUAUUCCAGUAGAAUAACAAAAGACCCUACACUGCAUUUCACAUCACAGACACUUUGAAGAAUGUACGAAUCUUGGUUGGCCUGCCCAGUCUACUGAUUUGUCACCCUUACAGCAUGUGUGGGAUGUGAUGGAAAGGUGUAUACAUUCAUACCAGCCUCCAGCCAGCAAUCUUAAUGAACUUACCCAUCAUAGCGUUUCAGGUAUGGCAAGAAAUUCUCAGAGAUGCCAUUUGGAGGCAAUUUGCUUUCAGCCACAACAAAUACAAGAGGAAAAGUGUAUCAUGCCCAUGAGGGUCACACAUCGUACUGAUCAUAAUGAUGGACAUCGGUUCCACAUGGAAUGAAAAUUUCAUCAUUUACUACACAUUACGUGAUGAACAUCUCCACAAAGUUGGAUAAACAUCAGACUAGUGCUUCAUGGUGUAACACUUUCCACAUCUGUCUGUGUGUUAGCAAAUUGACAAUUUGUUGUAGUAUAUCAAAUGGCUUGAAAAUUAAAUAAUCAUGGAAUGCUACAAUAGAGGAGGGAAAGGAGGCAGUAUAUGGUUGCACAAGAAUAAAUAAGAGAGAAAAAGGGCAUGUGAGAUACUGUGAUGGUGGCUAGCACCCUCUUCCACUAUCAUAAGAGGAAAAGGUGUACUUUAAAAAGUCCUGGUGAAAAAUUACUAUCAUAAUUAGAUAGUAAUUUGGAAAACAAAUAAUGGACUAGAAAGAAUAUCCAGACGCUAGUAUGGAUAGAGGUCAUAUGGUAGUGGUGACACAUAACAUACUGAAAUUCAGAAGAAUAAAGUAGAAGUAUUUCAGAUGCCUGGACCAUCUAUCAGUGAUCUCCAUGCUAAGUAAAAAUGUUAGAUGUAUUCCAGUGGAAAGUUUAUUUUUAACAUUUUUGUCCAUUCUGUGUAUUACGACACUUUUGACAAACUCCGCUGUGUUCUGAGGAGACAAACUGUCACUGUAGGAAUCUAGAAAGGCAAGCAAAAGAUUAGUUUACACAAGUGCUUUUUAAAUAAAUAUAAUUUACUCAACUCGUGCAAAAGAUGGCAGACUUGGCAGCCAUAGACAGAGGCCCGAAUGGGCGAGCCCAUAAGUGCACUGAAUGUUUGCCGGUAGAGCUAUCGACAACUCAGUGUAAAGUUCAGCACCAAUUAGAGACAUGGAAGCAUUCAUGACUCGAAGAUUGGUGCCCAGGUGCCCACUGCAUAUAACACUAUCCUAGCAGUCUUCAUUGGGUGGUGCCGGCAGCCUGGCGGGUCUUCGUUAGUGACGAUGUUCAAAGCGCAGCUCGUGGCACCUGCAGGACUCUUCGAGGCACUGGCUCCAACACUACUGAUAAGCCUCGAUACUACAAAUGGCUGUGACUUUGAAUGUGAUUUUUCAUGGUGAUUUGGAGGUUAAAGUGAGUUUUUAAUGGAAACCUCUGUUAUUAAGAUUUGAAAAGAUUGACUCAUUUUGUGUAUAAAAUGAUGCAUUCUGAACAAAGAAAACAAGUUCUUGUAGACCAUGCUCAGUUUGAAAGGCAGUGAAAAUACAUGGGGUGCCAGCAUUAUAUAGUAACUUAGUUUAUGUACAUUAUAGUCUGGUUUACUUACUAAAUUUGAAUCGUAUGAAGUAACUAUUAAUUACCACUACAUGAUUAUAUUGCGGUAGAUCAUUACACAGUCUGUUAGGGUGCCCUCGUACACUGCCACUGGCAGAGUGGAUGAGAAGAUGGUCAUGUGGGGACACAGCGCUUGACUCUUGCAAAGCAUGUGAUGGGAGAAGGAUGUCACUAUGACUGCAUGCUGGAACACUGUUCUUGUUUCAUUGCUAAUUUGAAUGAUCAGCUUGUCAAAACUGCUACUCUGUUUUGCUUUAUUAGGUUGAAUCACAUAGCUACAAUAACUGACCAGCCUCCAAAUGGAAUCAUAGACAUGAUUACAAUGUUAAGAGAGUUCCAGGGUGUUUACAGCCCCAUGGCCAUGCUUUAUGCUGGAUGUUUUUGCAACAGACGACACACUAACUCAAGAGGUUCCCACAUCAGUGGUGUUAUCAGGUGAAACCACAUUUACAAAUACUGGUGAAGUAAACGGGCACAACUGUCAUAACUUGUCAGAUGCCCAUCUACACUGGUACAGAACUGUUGACCACCAACAACAUUGAUGCCCCAAAAGUUAGUAUGGAAUUGUCAAUGGCUAUCUGAUCGAUCCCUACUUUUUUAAUGGUACUGUUAAUCAAUAUAAUUUUUUAGUGAUCAUUUUCCUGGCAUACUUCAAGAUGUUGACUUAGAGAUGAGACAAAGAAUAUGAGUGCAAUUGGAUGAUGCUGCACCACAUUACUCACAGUGGAUUGGACGUGGCGGUCUCAUUCCGUGUCUGCUUGUUCACCCGAUCUAACUUCCCCUUCCCUGAUUUUUACCUUUGGGAAUAGUUGAAAAAUAUUUAUUAUGAGCAGCAACACAUUGACAAGAGAAAACAUGAUGGAAUUUAUCUGGAGAGCUUUUGUAGCCAUUCCAUGAGAUGUCCUGCUUUGUGAGAUAUUUCUUAAGGAGGAUUAAUUUGUGCAUUGAAACAAAUGGUGGUCACUUUGAGCAUAUACUCAAUGGUUAAUUUCCACGUACAAAGUGAAAGGUAUGAGAACUCUUUAAAUCGAUCUCUCCAAAGAAAGAGAGUUGAGAGGACACUCAGUGACUUGUAAAUCAAUAAUCUACAUUUUAUUUACGUUUGUUCUGUCUUGCAAAUGUCAAAAUAACAUUUAUACGUUAUGAUGUAUUUAUUUUUGUCAGUACACAUGAUAAUUAAAACUUAAAAUGUAAACCUCUCUACGCUCUUUCCAAAUCCAACAUCAUAAAUAGGGGUGUCCGUGAAACAAAGCUCAACCUUUGAUAAUUACCUUAAGAUCAUAAUUAUUGGUAAUGAUACAUGACCCAUUAUGCCCCUUCCAGUUUGCAUCUAAGUUUGUAUUUUACUGUAUCUCUCUUCUAUUCCAAGUUAAUUCCUACUGAAGAUAAAAACAUAUUUGCUUAUAUGUUCUUCAUUGAAUCCUGCCAUUAUGUUGAAUAAUGUAUCAUUUUUUAUGUAAAAUGUAUUGCUCUUUUCAAAUCUUAAAUAUUAGGACUGCCAUUUUAAAAAAAUCACUUUAACUUCCAAAUCGCCUUAAAAAUCACAUUCAGGGUCACAGCCAUGCAUGACCCUCAUUGCCACCUGCAACUUUUAUCUAAUCAUUUCUCUGUACCAAAUUUCUAUCCGAAGUCAUUUCCUAUUAAAGUAUUUGAAAAAUUAUGCGCAAAAAACUAAUGGGCUUCAUAAAACGUUUACUGAAUUUAUCCCAACAUGGGUUUAGAAACAAUAAAUCUGCAGAGGCAACAGUGUGUGAGUGCAUUAAUAUGAUGCCAUAUCUUUUACAGACAGAACAACCCACAACAUGUAUAUUUUUAGACCUGUCAAAUGUUUGUGGCACUAUGGAUCACAAAAUAUUGCUGGAAAAAAUGGAACAGUAUGAUAACAUUGUCAAAUGAAGGGAUUACAUACUUUCAAAGCAGUUGCAUACAGAAAGUCAGCAAGAAGUACACUAACAGCCAACUCAGUUCAGUAACUGAAAUCUUAUCUAGUAUUAAAACUGUUACACAAGGUGUGCCACAGUAUUUGGAUCUAGAUUAUUCCUCCUGUGUAAUGACUUGAGCCUGAGCACACAAAACCAUAUUAUUUGCAAAGGACACAUCUGUUCUCCUCAAAGGAGACACAGAGACUGUUCAAAAAGGUGUGAACUUGGCUACUGAACAACUCAGCAACUGGGCUACAAACCAUAGAUUAACCAUCAACACUAAAAAGACUAUUUCCAUGAACAAGUUGCAAAUCCCUCUCAGCCCCCUGUGACAGUAAAUAACCAAACAAUAGUUACUAAUGCUGUGUUCAAAUUCCUGGGUCUGUGGGUACAAGGUAUCUUGAAAUGGAAUAAACAUACUGAAAAGGUAAAUGCCAGAAUAAGUACUGAAUGCUAUGCUAUGCACCAAGUGCUGAAAUCGUGAUAGCUAGGAAACGGUAACAAGUGCAUACUCUGCAUACAUACAGGCCCACCUAAAAUGUAGUGUGAUAUCCUGAGGAAAUUCUAAAACUGCCCUGAGCACUUUCAGAAUCCAGAAGAGAGCCAUGAGGAUCAUUAAUGGACACAAGUCUAAAAAUAUACCAAUGAUUACACAAGGAAUAAAGGUAUCAUGUGGGACAAAAAGGAAACUUUAUCUACUAUCUAGGAACAGCUGUGGUGACAGCAUUGUAAUGCAUUCCAAAGAAUACUGCAGAGUAUUGAAGUAAGUAAUCCAGAAAUCUAAGCAACUUUAUUAUGAGAAAAAGAUAACUACAACAGGCGACAAAAUAAAAAACUAUGUAGGAUAUAGUGAAGACAGAGACAGGUGGGGCCAGAAUGGAACAGAUAGCUCUAAAAAUAAAUGAGACAUUGGUAACAAGUGCAUGUAGUGUGGCAAACUUCUUAAAAAAAAAGUUCUUUGUUUCUGUUACUGAUAGUUUGGGGUAACCAGUCCCUACAAAUAACUUCAGUAAAAUGGAAAUGACACUAACUUCUCCCAUCAUAAAAUUCUAAAAAUCAAAGUAUUUUAGUGGCUAUGAUAACAUGUCAAUGAAGUUAAUCAAAGAGUGUUUAUGCGAAUUGAGUUCUACUUUAAGUUAUUUGUGUAACCAACCUAUCAGUGGAACAUUUGCAGACUACCUAAAAUAUGCUGAAGUUAAGCCUCUUUACAAGAAGAGGGGCAAAGAGAUACCAUCAGACUAUUGAGCUAUUUCACUUCUGCCAGCUUUUUCAAAAAUAUUUGAAAAGAUAUGUUGAAGUGUCUUCUUAACCAUCUGAUUGCAAAUAAUAUAAUGUCCAAGUCACAGUUCGGGUUCAGUAAGGGUUCUGAUAUAGAGAUGGCUAUGUGCAUGUACAGUGAGAAACUAUUUAAUUCAUUAGAUAACAAAUUAAAGGCUACUGGGAUUUUCUGUGGUGUGUCAAAAGCCUUUGACUUUGUGAAUCACAACAUUCUCUUAAGUAAAUUAGAGUUAUUCCUAACUAACAUGAAACAAAGGGUGUCGUCGUGAAAUACAUAUGGUGUAAGCAAUCAGUCUUCAUCUGAUUGGAAACUAAUUACAUGUGUUGCUCCUCAAGGUUCCAUUUCAGUUCAUGGCUUUUGCUUGUGUACGUUAAUGACCUCUCAUCUGUUACAUUGCCAAGUUUGUUCGCAGAUGAUACAAGCAUUGCAAAAAAUAGCAAGUGAAGUACAGAUUUAGAAAUGGCCGUUAUAAAAUUUUCACUGAUGUUAUUAAAUGGUUUAAAGCUAAUUCACUGUCAUUGAACUUUGAAAAGGCCCACUACAUGCAGUUCAGAACCUGUGAAAAUUUCCUUCCAGCAUGUAUAUAACAUAUGAAGACAUGCAGAUAGAAGAGGUUGACAGCAUUAAAUUUCUGCGACUUCAACUUGAUAAUAAAGUCAAUUGGGAAGAACAUACCACAAAAUUGCUGAAGUGUCUAAACAAGUCUGUAUUUGCAAUGUAAUUGAUGUCAGAUGUAGGAGAUAUAAAGAUAAAAAAAAUCUUGCAUACCUUGCUUACUUUGAUUCAAUUAUGACAUAUAGGAUCAUAUUUUGGGGGAACUCAUCAAACUGAGCAAAAGUUUUUUGAGUGCAAAUGUGUGUAAUAGGACUCAUUUGUGGUGUAUAUUCAAAAACAUCACUUUUAGCCUGUUCGAGGAACUGGGUAUUCUAACCACUGCUUCUCAAUAUAUUUAUUCCUUAAUGAAAUUUGUUGCAAAUAAUGUGUGUCUACUUCCAACCAGUGGCUAAGCGCAUAGUAUCAACACUAGGAUUAACAACAAACUACAUAAAUACCUAAAUCAAUUACCUUGGUCCAAAAAGGGGUCCAUUAUUCAGGGACACAUUUUUUCAAUAAAUUGUCGGCAACCAUUAAAAACUUUGUUUCAGAUAAAGCACAUUUUAGACAUCAUUUGAAAGACUU